GCCGUCGGGAGCCCCGGCCUUCCACCGCCUCCCGUCUAGACCGCGCGCGGUCCCUUCAGCGUCUCGCCUCCGUGCAUAAAUCCGCACCUAUGUGCUCAAGGCCCGCACGCACCGUCCUCUGGAACUGCACCUUCUGGCGAUCCACCUUCGACACCUCUGGUCUCCGUAGCGCCCGAGCCAUACCACUGCGGAAUGCCCGAGACGUAUCCCACAUCCUCACCUUCUAACAGAAGCUGGCUCCAAGAGCAUCUCCGUACUCUCGUCACAGCACCCAAUGAACAUUUUGAUCGACUGUUCACCCGCGACGCGACGGGCGUCAUAGCCGGAAAGUCCGUUGGGCGAGAGGGAAUCAAGGCGGCUUUGCUCGCUCUUCACAUGGAGUGGAGCGCCAACAGUUGCCGGUUUGGCCCUGCGACGUGCCUCGAUGGCUUCGUCGCAACGCAUUGUGAUUUUAUGCCGCGUCACGCGUGCGAAUAUACCGAGGUCGUUGCGACUGCCUUAAUCAAGCCAGAAGGAUGCAUUAGUAGCCUCGAGCUCGACGGAGAAGAGAGCCUUUUCGGUCAUUGCUGAAAUGACCGGAGCGCGAUGCUUGAAGGUUGCGGUCUGCGGAUCCAACUCUUCAUCUCGUCUCGCGAAAAAGCCAACUGCGCCAUCGAUUCUCGUCAGCCUUCGCUUCGACAAUUCGCCCUUAUGAUAUCUGUAACAUAAUUCUGAGCUUUCCAUUUCCUUUCAUGUACAACAGCGCUCACCUCAAUGAUACCUCGCUUCGCUUUUCCUCUUUUUUGACGCGCUCCGACACACGCAGUCCCGUACAUUUUGUAGGGUUUUAUACCCGUGUAAAUUAGUGAUACUCGGUCGUCUUGCUACUUACCCGUAUACUCGCGUAAUCGCGCUUAUCCUAUCGCC